AUGGACAUUGACGAUAUCUUAAAGGAGUUCGAAGAGUCAUCUACAAAGAGAUUUCAAGCUUCUACUUCCAAUAUUUGCCAAGAUCUCAUGACUGCCUCCAUGAAUGAAAGAAUGGCACCCGAGCUUCUACCUUACAAAUCAUCUUUGAUGAAUUCAAUAUUGACGCAUAUUUCAAAUCAACAACAGUAUUUACUAGACAGUCACGAGUACGGGGAGAUGAAUAGUGCAAAUGGAGUUAUAUCAAGCGAUUUCAAAUUACAAUUAAUGAUUAUCGAAACAGAUGUCGAGCGGUUAAGCUACGUUGUUCGAUUAUACUUGCGAACUAGGCUAUCAAAGAUCAACAAGUUUACUAUUUUUUACAUUAACAAGUCCAACAAAGACGAUGAAGGAGAAGCUUUGCUAUCAGCCGAGGAAAAGGAGUAUAUUCAUCAGUACUACCUGUUGUUGACCCUGUUGUAUAACAAUUGCUUUCUCAAAAAAUUACCACAAAUUCUAACCUAUUUGGAUGACAACAGUGGAGGGCAGAAUAUGAUUGUUGCUCCUGAUAUCGACCAGUUUGUAUUUGUCAAAUGUAUUUCUGAAACACUGAUACUACUCCACUUAGAGGACGAUGAGUUGGAGUUGGUUAAAAAUGGAGUCUAUGUCGUCAAAUAUAGCUUGAUUAAACGAUAUCUAGACAUUGGUGACUUAAUACUCAUCUAG